AUGUCGGAACUAUCGCGUUACUGCCUUGCUGCAGGAAUCACGAAGCCGAAAUUGCUUUUUGUCGGUGGCGGGAACAUGGCAUCAGCCUUAGCGAACGGGUGCGUUUCAUCAGGGUUUGCUCACAAAACUGAUAUUGCGAUUAGCUGCCGUUCAAUCAGUACGUCAGAGAAAUGGAAGGGCCAAGGUUUCGAACUUGUAUUUACUUCUACUUCAUCAAUGGUGAAAGCAUUUCCUCAUGGGAUAAUCGUUUUGGCAGUGAAACCCCAAGCUCGACAUGACGUCAUCGACUCCAUGUUGUCAGACAAUACAAAUCUAGCAAAUUGUCCAUUGAUCAUCUCAAUUUUGGCUGGGAUCGAUGAGACGAUUCUGGAAAAAGAGUUGAAGUCUGUUGGUUAUCUCGGUCCUAUUGUACGACUGUUCCCCAACACUGCUGUUGCAGUUGGUAGCGGUGCCUCUAUUUUAUGUGCUGAACCGAACGUGAGCGAUGAAUUGGUAGAUCUUGUCAAAAAUUUCGCAUCCAAAGUUGGUCUUUGCUUGCGGGUGGAUUCACGAAAUUUUAAUGCCUAUGGCGCCAUAUCUGGGUCUGGUCCAGCUUGGGUAUAUAUGUUUAUCGAGUCUUUGGCUGAUGGAGGAGUUUUCGCUGGAUGCUCACGUGAAUCCGCAUUGAAACUAGCUGCACAAACAGUAAUGGGGGCAGCCGAAAUGGUUCUUGAAAGCAGUGAGCACCCUGCAGUUCUGAAGGACAAGGUAUGCUCUCCAGGUGGAACAACUAUAGCUGGUCUAAGGGAACUAGAAAGAUCAGGUUUUCGCUCUGCGGUCAUCGAAGCGGUGAAGGCAGCAACAGAUAGAGCCAAUAGUAUGAGCUAA